GGCAGACCGGAAGCCAGUGGGGGCACGGCCCGCCCCGGCUGCGCGGCCCAGUGCCGCAGCAGACCCAGCAGCUCGGUGUCCUGCGGUGAGGCUCCAGCGUGGAUCGCCAAGACCCAAGACAGGGCCUCAGGCUCUGGGAAACCUGCUCAACAUCUCGUGGACUGGUGACUCUUCUCUGAUCUCCCACGGGACUCAUUUUACUGGAUUGAGUCUGUUUGGCCAUCUUUCUCCCCCUGAGAUUUGAGUUCUAGACACCCAACCAGAGCUCAUCAUAGCAAGUGCUUAAGAAAUGUUGCUGGAGGGAAUGCAAAUGGAGUUCAUUCUACGAGUUGGGGAUGUGAAUCUUCUACUGACAGCACCUGUUCUUCAACUGGGUCUUCUGUCCGUGUGUCGCAACCUCAGAAAACCAGCAGGAUGGCUACUAACAAGAGUAAGAGCCAGAGCUCCUUGGCCCUGCACAAGGUGAUCAUGGUGGGCAGUGGAGGGGUUGGCAAGUCGGCCUUGACGCUUCAGUUCAUGUACGACGAGUUUGUAGAAGACUAUGAACCUACCAAAGCUGACAGUUACAGAAAGAAAGUUGUGCUUGAUGGAGAAGAGGUCCAGAUAGACAUUCUGGACACUGCUGGACAAGAGGACUAUGCAGCCAUUCGAGACAACUACUUUCGGAGCGGGGAAGGUUUUCUACUAGUGUUCUCAAUUACCGAACACGAAUCGUUCACAGCGACAGCGGAAUUCCGGGAACAGAUCCUCCGUGUUAAGGCUGAAGAAGAUAAAAUCCCAUUGCUUGUGGUGGGAAACAAGUCGGACUUAGAGGAGCGGAGGCAGGUGCCGGUGGAGGAGGCGCGGAGCAAAGCAGAGGAGUGGAGCGUGCAGUACGUGGAGACCUCAGCCAAGACUCGGGCCAACGUGGACAAGGUAUUCUUUGAUCUAAUGAGAGAAAUCAGAGCAAAGAAAGUGUCAGAAAACAAGGACAAGAAUGGCAAGAAAAGCAGCAAGAACAAGAAAAGUUUUAAAGAAAGAUGUUGCUUACUGUGAAUGCCACAAUGAUGGAUGAAAUCGGUUGCCGCUAAGGACAUAGGGUGGGGUUGUUCAGAGAAGACUGUGGUCCCCUUCUUGGUGUGUUCCCUGCUCGCCCCACCUUCAUUCACGUAGACUUCUUUAAAUGGGGAAAAAUAUUUGUGCACCAGUGGCUGGCAGAAGAAAUAAGCCCCUUCACCUUGCAAUGGAUUGCCUACUUUGUCAGGAGGUUUUGGAGUUCCCUUUUCCUUCAUUCUUCCUUCCCUCUCUUCGAGAAGUUUAACCAUGUAUCUAGUGCUAGAGGUAGGAAAUAGUCUAAUGUUAAUUAGAAUGAAAGAAGACUGUCAUAGCAUCUUAUUUCCCCCCAAUUUCAUAACAGUAGCACCUUUUGUUUUGAAAUAAAAAUGUCUUACUAGGUUUUGGGAGAAGGGGCAGGGUAGGAGUCCCACAACACUUGUCAGGUUAACAGUAGGACUCAGAAAAACCCAUUCAACUCUAAUGAUGCUGGAAAACUCAGAUUUUGGGGAGGAGGGGGCAGGAGUACUUUCUCGGCAAUACCCAGUGGAUCUGAAGCAUAGCUAAAAAAAAUAAAUUUGAAUUGGGCCAAAGAAGUUAAUACCAGGGUCAUAAAUCCUUCCCAUAUAUGAAAAAUGGAGGUGGUAUUCUUUGUAUUUAAGUAUUGGCCAGUGAUAGUCUAUGUUGGCUAUCUUCCGCUGGUCACAUCCUUGUUUUGGGGGCUUCUUUUUAAUAGACUAAGUGAAGACUCUAGAGUGGUAUGCUUUUAUAAGGAUGCGGUUUUCUAAUCAGAUUGAAAAAAAAGUUCUUUGGCUAAAUCCUCUCCUAAUUGCCAGUCCCGUGGCUAGGCUGCUUUUCUCCGCUAGGAACCAGCACAUUUCAUCCUGGUGGCUUCUCUGCGUGUGGAGAUGGAGACCACCUCUUCUUCAAGUGUAACAGGAGUUCUGAAGAAUGUGAUGAGUUAAAACUGCAUUCUAAAAUCACGAAGCCAGAGCCCAUGCCAGACAUUCUGCUACCUCUCACAGAAUUGCUGAGUAAUUAUAAAUUUAAAAUUGGAAGUUGGGAUGGAUAAGCCAUUGCUCCUUUACCUCUGAGAACUGGCUGCCGUUUCUAAUUUUUUUUUUUUUUCUGAGCUAUAUAGAAGUUAGUUAGAAAAAGAUUUUUAUUGAUGAGCUAUUGUUACUCUUUCUUGAAUCAAUAUUCUAAAUUCAGCCAUCAGGAAAGGAGCACUGUGAUAAAAACCCAGUAUUCACAUUUCCCCCCAUUUUUCAGAAGUGACAUUUCACACAUAGGUGCCAAGGGUGAAUUGGGGUGAGGAGAGCAGGAACCUUUUGAACUUAUGGUUGCUAUAGAAAUUGUAGAAAUUAAUGAUCUUACUGGAAAAGAGUCCUGUAUAAUCUUCCAAAGAAUCAUGGACUUUUGAAUAAAAAAAGCAGACUGUACUUUUUCAGGAUUUCAGCCUUUUUAUUUUAUCCUUUGUCAUACAUGUGAAAUGCAGAUAUUAAAGAAAUUGACAGUAAGUUAUUCACUGCUGUUCUUGUUUGGUGCUCUGCAAUAUCAGACAAACUUUAGUUGAGUUAAUUCUCUGAAUUGAAAUAUGGGAAAUUAUAAAUACAAACAGUAAUUUUAGCUGCUUCUUUCCCUUGAGAGAGAUGACUACUUUUUCUUCUUAAAAUUUAAAAAGUUCAAGGUAAUCGCACUCUUGAAACCACCUAGUUCUUUUCAUGCUACUUUGCUACCUGUUUGAUAUCAUUUCUGGUCACAAGUAGGUAGAUUUGAAUGUGUACAGAUAAAUUAAGGAUGGUAUGAAUUGUUUCAUGCUGGAAACUAUUCCAUAAUUAAUACAGGUAUAUGUCUAUCGGUAUAUGUCUAUCAGUAUAUGUCUA